AUGGUCAAAGCAGUUGCCGUCCUCCGUGGAGACUCUAAGGUCUCCGGUACCGUCACCUUCGAGCAGGCCUCUGAGGGUGCUAACACCACCAUCUCCUGGGACAUCACCGGUCACGACGCCAACGCCGAGCGUGGUAUGCACGUUCACGCCUUCGGUGACAACACCAACGGCUGCACUUCCGCCGGCCCUCACUUCAACCCUCACGGCAAGACCCACGGUGCCCCCGAGGAUGACGAGCGCCACGUUGGUGACUUGGGCAACUUCAAGACCGAUGCUCAGGGCAACUCCAAGGGCUCCGUCACCGACAAGCUCAUCAAGCUGAUCGGCCCCGAGAGCGUCCUCGGCCGCACCAUCGUUGUCCACGCUGGCACUGAUGACCUCGGCAAGGGUGGCCACGAGGAGAGCAAGAAGACCGGCAACGCUGGCCCUCGCCCUGCUUGCGGUGUCAUUGGUAUCGCCUCGUAA